GGCCGACAAGAGCUAUAGCUGCCACUUGGGUACCUGACAUCCUCCUCAACACACAUCUGCACAUUCAAACUUUGCCAACUCUCAAUCCACAUACAACCCUCACUUCUUCAACGUUUUACUUCUAGACCUUCAACAUGUCAUACAACGACGAUCGCCGCGAGUACGGCCAGCAGUCUGGCUAUGGUGGUCGUGGAGACGACCGUCGCGAACACGAGCAGGGCGGAUAUGGCGGUGGCGGUGACCGCCGCGAAGAAUACGGCCGACCCCAGGAAGGUGGCUUUGGUGGGCCUGCUCUAGGCGACGAAGAGAGGAGAGGCGGAGGAGGAGGUUAUGGCUCCUCUGGCGGUUACGGUGGUGGUGGUGGUGAGCGUAGAGAAGAAUAUGGAAGACCACAGGAGGGCGGCUACGGUGGUCCAGCGUUGGGUGAUGAGAGACGCGAAGACCACGGUGGACGACGACACGAGGGUGGAGGAUACGACAACGACCGUCCCAGCGGAGGCUACUCUGGAGGCGGAGGCUACGGCGACGACAGACGUCAAGAGUCUCGUCCAAGCGGAGGUUACUCAGGCGGUGGCGACAACUACAAUGACCGCCCGAGCGGUGGCUACGGUGACGACAGGCGCCAUGAGUCCCGUCCCAGUGGGGGCUACUCAGGUGGUGACGACUAUAAUGACCGCCCAUCCGGAGGCAGCAGCUAUGGAGGCAACACUGGAGGGUACGGCAGAUCAGGUAGCCACGGAGGUCAACACUCUUCGGGCACAUCCUACGGCGGCGGCGGUGGCUAUGGUGGUGCCUCGGACGAUUUCUCAGGUGCGGCCCAGCAUGCUUCGAGCGAGUCUGGAAACAGCGGCGACAACGAUCUGUUUAGCAACGUCCUCGGUAUGCUGUCCGGCAAGAAGGACAAGCUCAAGGAUGAGGAUGUAGAUGAAGACGAUGCAGUCAAGCAGCACGAGAAAUUCUACGGCGGUGGUGGCCACGGCGGUAACGAGCAAGCCAGCUCAAACAACGUCGGCGCUGCUGCGGCUAUGCAAGCCAUGAAGAUGUUCAACAACGGCAGUAACGAGGAUGCCAAGGGUGGACAGAACAAGUUCAUCGGGAUGGCCAUGGGUCAGGCAGCCCAGCUGUUCGACAAGCAGCAAAGCGAGGGCAAGACUGACCCGGCUGCUACUAAGCAAGAUGCCAUUGCUCAGGCUGCACAGAUGGCUCUCAAGUUCUAUCUGAAAUCGCAGAUGGGCGGAGGCAGCGGUGGAAGCGGCGGUGGUAACUCUGGAGGCGCUCUCGGCAGCGCGCUCAACAUUGCGAGCAAGUUCAUGAGCAAAUAGAGUCAGUCUGCAUAGCAGACCAAGAGGUCAAAACGCUAUUCUGACCCAGAUAAAUUCAUUGUGACGCGGCGUCACAAUAUGCUUGCCGUGUUAAGAAAUUGUCUCACGGAAACCGAUAAGCGAGAGUGAAAGACUGUGGCGGUAACGUACGAAUCAUAUUCCCAGUAUGAUUGACGCACCAACCGCCAUUGAUAUGUGGCGUACGGCACAAUCAGCCGUACUAGCAGCGUGAGCCGUUGGCACGCCUAACUCCCGAAGUCCCGUUUGUUGUCUAUCUCGCGUCACAAUAAAGCUAUCCAGCUUACGUCUGUUCUCUGGAAAUCUGCUGUAUGGACGUGAUUAACGAAUUGCCAGCAUUACUGCUCGUGUAAUGGAGG